ACUUACAACGAAAAGAGCGCUUUACGCAAUGAGAGGUCGGUUUUUAGUAAAGAAAACGGGGUUGCUAUGUUAAUGGCCACGGCGAGUAUAAAAGCGGUUUUGCGCGCGUUGACUAAUCAGUUUGUCAGCAAAUGUGAACGAGAGCAUAUUUCUUAACAAAACGUUCAGGAGCUCAAAUAAUAUUAGAAAACAAAAAAUAUGCUAAAGUGGACGGCAUCAGCGCAGAAGCUGAACCAGCUUACACCAAACAUCAAAACGGCUACAACAUCGAUACGAACUCCGCAUCCAUUAGCGGAGACCAAGCGUCGACGGCGACGUGCAACCAUAAGUAACAAGGAGAACAUACCAUAUACGUCAACUCCAAUGGUGGAGAGAGAGCGUAAUAGCCCUUUGGUGCUUUCUCCAUUAACGGAUAUUUUGAAUGUCACACCAAAACACAUGUCGCCUUUAAUGGAGCAUACGCCAGGACGAAUUCAAAGCACGAGUGUAGCUAGUCGCCCAUUGCCAAACCGACGGCAUUCAACAGUGGGUCUUUUUCUACAUCCGGCACCGACUUACGCAUCUACCUUGCCACACUUCGAAGAGGAAUAUUCACCGAGUACCGCGCUGCCGACCGGACAACAAGUAGCUCUAAGGGGACUACUGCCAGAUCCCUUUAUAAGCAAUUUACGUUACUUCAACACACCCGAAUUGGCAAAACGGAAACAAAAGGAAAACCAAGAGAAGCUAAAGGGCGCCGGAAAAUCAUUGCCCAGAAAGCUGGAAGCCGAUUUUGCUGAGAUCGCAAAAGAAUGUGUCGAGGAAAAGUUAACGAAGCGCAUAAACAACGAGUCACAUUCAGCCGGUAUGAGCGACCAAACUCUGGACAAAUUAAUUGAUGCUAUUCUAGACUCGGCUCGUAAGGAUGAGAAGAAGAAGGUGAAACCACGCAAGUCCUUUAACCUGCGUCGUCGCACGCUACUCAAAAAUCAAGCCGAACAAAAAGUCAGUGAAUUGGUUCUUUCACCGUCCUAUGCUGCAGGCGAAGAUCCAGCGAGUGAUCUCAGCUUUAACUUCAUCGACCAGAGGCCAAAGGAUGUGAUGAAAACAGAGAGCACCACCAAAUCACCACUUACUCCGGCUCCAGCAACUCCUCCACCAGGCACGCCAAUAUCGACGGAUAUUCUUCAAAAAAUGCCCACGCCCGCAUUUACAAGUAUUUCGAGAACCGAUGCUAACCCUGCCUACCAACAUCAUUACCUGCGCUCAAACUUAAGUAGAGAACGAUUGGACCACACCUUUCAGUUGGAGACGCCCGUGCGACUGCCGAUGCAAAGAAAGCGACAACGGCGUAAAACGUUAGCAGUGCCAAUCGGUAGUACGAAACGUUUGAAAACUUCAGGCACCAACUAUUUCGAGGUGGGAUUGGCGUUGCCCUCAAUCUAUGUAUAAUAUUAUUGCAGUUGUUGUUGUUGUACGAAUUUAUUUCUGUUUAAGAUUCGACUUUUUGUUAAUUUGUUGACAAACUAGGGGAAAUGCUCACUUAUUACGCUUUUAGUUUUUAAGGAACUUAUUUAUUUUUAUUUCUUAACUAAAUUAUGUAGUAAAUAUUUACUUUUAAGUUAUAUUCUUUGUUUAAUGAGUUAUCAUACAUACAUCAUCAUCAUCGGUCUGAAAAAUCGUCAUCACUGUCAUCAAUAUAUUGUGAAUGCACUGGGGCUUGAAAUAAAUAUAUUUUAUAUGCAGAAAGAAAAUUGUUUCUUUUUCAAGAUUUUUUACUCUCAUAUAAUAAUUUAAAUUUCCGAAUGGCUUGAAAAAAACGUUUACCAGCAAUGUCUGAACAACAGAUUAAUAACUUCAACAGCUGAAAGCGCGGGGAAUUAAUUAAAAAGUAUUGACAGAAAUUUAAUUUAUGCUUUGCCGGUGGUAAACCCUUCUAUUCUUCCGCUUUUCAGCGUAGACACAAAUUGAUUAUUUAAAGGUUUGAUAAAACAGUUGCGAAGGAAUGUUAAAAUUAAAACGAUAACUUUUUUAUUACUGAAACAGGUUGUUUAUUGUACGACAAGGGUUAAACGAACGAAAAAUGUCGAAAGUAAAGAGCAAGGUUUAAAAUGUUUUAGUGAGGGCGUGGAAAUACGCAGCUGUUCACAUUAGAAAAGUGGAUAAAGAGAAAUACUUUUUCUACAUAGCUCGGGUUUCCAGAAAUUCAAUGCAAUUUUUGCAUGUAUUUACAUUAUUUUUCGACACAAAAAAAAAG